CACUGAGGUGUAUGGAGGAUGGUUUGGAGGCAGGUUAACUUCGUCGAAGUGGUUAUACGUUCACAGUGUGAAGGCAGGGGGCAGGCCUCCACGAGUCCGGAAUCUCGUUGUGUCUGUAUCGUUUGAACAGUUGGGGGAGGUCUAAGAUAGUCGGAGAUGCGAAUGGGAAGUUAGGUAAAGGAGCGUGCUUUGUAAAGUAAGAAGAAAAAAAACACUUCUCACACGGCGUCUUUCAUGGCUUAUUAUUCAAGAUUUUUAAACAAACUUGUGCGAAAGUAGGUUGAGCUUAAUCGCAACAUUUUCAUCAAGGACUGGGCUGUUGAAUCACCGCUCCGCAAAACUGGGUACAAACUUAUUUUGAAGACGGAGCUUGUCUCGCAAAGCCGCUUCCCAAACAAUAAAGCUGAGUGGAGUUUCUCCCACGUUUUUAUCGUAAGGUAAAGCCCUUUCUUUGCGUCGGCAUCAAAUGCAUCUGUUUUUAUAUUUUACACAUUUUUCCAACUAAAACAUUCAGCCAACUUGUCGUCGGAAUGAAGAUGUGCGUUUUUUUGUUGUUUUUUUUUAUAGCCUAAACGUACCGCGUUGAAGCUGAUUCCGUGUGCUUUGAUUUUUGUGCCUCGUUUCUUUUCAUUUCGGGGAGUGGAGAAAGUCAAUUAAAUCGAGAACUGUGUACUCGCAUUAUAACAUUUUCCUUUACAUUCCCAACAAAUCAUUUGGUAGCUUUGGAGCGGGAUAUACAGUCAUCAAACAAGUUUUUGCGUUUUUCUUUUAGUACAUUACACAAUCUCGGAUUCAAAGUUUUUGUCCGUCUAGAGGAGCGUGGUGUCUCUCACUCGCCUGGCAAAAGGCUGUGGAAGUGAAUGGCCUACUGCUGAUGCCCCAGCCGUCUGGAUGGAGAGUUCCCAACAGCUCCGCCCCCAGCAGUAGCGCCUUCAACAGGAUGUUAGCGUCGUGGAGCCUGCUGCUCCUCUGGGCACUCGUUUCCCAGUUCUCCCUGUCCCUGGCCCGCCCUGCCACCAGUGAGCAAGUCCCGCCCCAAACGCCAGCGGAUGUGUACACGUUAUACCCAGGGGACCAGUUAGAACUGCUCUGCGAACACAAGGAGGAGACCAAGGUGGUUAGCUGGACCAAGGACGGUGUCCCAGUGCUGGACGGGGAACACGUGCACCUACGCGAAACCGAGAGCCUUCAGGAUGGGCAGCUGGAGAUAGAGGGCGUGGAGUCGGCCGACUCGGGCCUGUACGCUUGCUUUGCCAGCGGCCCUUAUGGCAACCUCAGCUCCUAUUUCUUUAUCAACAUCACAGCUGAUACAUUGGUGUCUUCGGAAGACGAAGAUGACAAUGAAUCUUCCUCGGAGGAGGCCAAGCUGUCCAGCAGCCAGAAAUUGUUGCCAAUGGCCCCACAGUGGGCUCAGCCAGAGAAGAUGGAGAAGAAGCUGCAUGCCGUCCCGGCCAGCAAGACCGUAAAGUUCCGUUGCCAGGCCAGCGGCAACCCCACCCCCACUCUCAAGUGGUUCAAGAACGGCAAGGAGUUCAAGAGGGACCAGCGUAUCGGGGGUUUUAAGGUUCGAGAGCACAUGUGGACCAUCAUCAUGGAGUCGGUGGUGCCCUCAGACAAGGGCAACUACACCUGCCUGGUGGAAAACGAGCAUGGAAGCAUAAACCACACCUACCAGCUGGAUGUUGUCGAGCGUUCCCCCCACAGACCUAUCCUCCAGGCGGGGCUGCCGGCCAAUCGCACGGUGGUGGUGGGGAGCGACGUGGAGUUCGAGUGCAAAGUGUUCAGCGACCCCCAGCCCCACAUCCAGUGGCUGAAGCACAUCGAGGUCAACGGCAGCCGCGUGGGUCCGGACGGCCUGCCCUACGUGCGCAUCCUCAAGCACUCGGGGGUCAAUAGCUCGGACACUCAGGUGCUGACCCUCUACAAUGUGACGGAGGAGGAGAGCGGGGAGUAUAUAUGUAAAGUGUCCAAUUAUAUAGGAGAGGCCAAUCAGUCGGCCUGGCUGACCGUCACCAGGCACCAAGACUCAGCCUCGCCCCCUUCCCCAGUACCCAGUCAGACCUACCUGGAGGUGCUGAUCUACUGCGUGGGCUUCUUCCUCAUCUGCGUCAUGGUGGUCGUCGCCAUCAUCUUCAAGAUGCGCAGCUCCUCCAAGAAGAGCGACUUCAACAGCCAGCUGGCCGUCCACAAGCUGGCCAAGAGCAUUCCACUGCGCAGACAGGUGUCGGUGGACUCGAGCUCCUCCCUCCAUUCCGGGGUGAUGCUGGUGCGCCCCUCGCGCCUCUCCUCCAGCGGGUCGCCCAUGCUGUCGGGGGUGUCGGAGUACGAGCUGCCCCAGGACCCCCGCUGGGAGCUGCCCCGGGACAGGCUGGUCCUUGGGAAGCCCUUGGGGGAGGGCUGCUUUGGGCAGGUGGUGAUGGGGGAGGCCCAGGGUUUGGACAAAGAGAAGCCCAACCGUUUGACCAAGGUGGCUGUCAAGAUGCUGAAAUCUGAUGCCACGGAGAAGGACCUGUCUGACCUCAUCUCUGAGAUGGAGAUGAUGAAGAUCAUCGGGAAACACAAGAACAUCAUCAACCUGCUGGGAGCAUGCACUCAGGAUGGUCCUCUGUACGUUAUUGUGGAAUACGCCUCCAAAGGCAACCUGCGGGAGUACCUGCGGGCCCGCCGGCCCCCGGGCAUGGAGUACUGCUACAACCCCGACCAGGUGCCCGUGGAGAACAUGUCCAUCAAAGACCUGGUGUCCUGCGCCUACCAGGUGGCCAGGGGCAUGGAGUAUCUGGCCUCCAAAAAGUGUAUUCACAGAGAUCUGGCUGCUCGUAACGUCCUGGUAACCGAGGACAACGUGAUGAAGAUUGCUGAUUUUGGCCUUGCCAGAGACAUUCACCACAUUGAUUACUACAAGAAAACCACCAACGGACGCUUGCCAGUGAAGUGGAUGGCUCCAGAGGCUCUGUUUGAUCGGAUAUACACACACCAGAGUGAUGUGUGGUCUUUCGGGGUUCUGCUGUGGGAAAUCUUCACGUUGGGCGGGUCCCCCUAUCCAGGUGUCCCAGUGGAGGAGCUCUUUAAGCUGCUGAAAGAGGGACACCGCAUGGACAAGCCCUCCACCUGUACUCAUGAGCUGUACAUGAUGAUGAGGGACUGCUGGCAUGCCGUCCCCUCUCAGAGACCCACCUUCAAACAGCUGGUUGAGGACCUGGAUCGCACCCUGGCCAUGACGUCCAACCAGGAGUACUUGGACCUCUCGGUACCCCUGGACCAGUACUCCCCCAGCUAUCCGGACACCCGCAGCUCCACGUGCUCCUCGGGGGAGGACUCGGUCUUCUCCCACGACGCCGGGGCGGAGGAGCCCUGUCUGCCCAAGUUCCCUCCACAGCCCAAUGGGGUGGCCUUCAAGAAGCGCUGAAUCUCGCCCCCCUCCCCACCGUCUCCACAUUCCCGUCUUCGCCCCGCUGGCCUGGACCGCAGACUGUUUGGACCACGACCGCCACAGGUGCUAUCUUUUGGGGUGGGUGGGGGAGAGGAUUUUGCCCCGUAACCUUUGGAGCAUGAGGGGGAACAAAAACAAACAUUCUGCCAUGCGCCUGGACUCGCAUCCGUGAGCCAUUUUUGUGGUUCCAUGCCUUGGGCGGACAUUUUUUUCAGACACUCUGUGGUUUGACCACUGGCCUCUGAAACCAGGCUGGAGGACUUGAGGUUUCUCACUUGUUUUUUUCUUCUUCUGGCACUUUCCUUUGUGGGGGGGGGUGAAACCCCCACUGGACUGCUGAAGGAAACUGGAAGACAAAGACUGAUAAAUGGGUGCUGGUUCGGUGGGAGAGCAACAGAAGUGAGAAAAUCCCUCCUUUUUUUGUUUGUUUUUUUUUUUUUUUUUUUUUUUUUUACUCAGAGUCUCGUCUCCCCUGCUCCCAUUUCUAUUUUUGUUCUUUACACAAAUGACUAGUCAUGCUUUUCAGGCCUAAUCCAUUAAUGAAUAUCUCCAAGGCUGCCAGACAGCUUUGCUUUCGCGAUGUGCAGUCUCUAUGUUCAGACCAGGGCCGGCAAGCAUUCUGUAAAUACAGUUAGAAAUUUAUAAAUAUGAAUAUAUAUUUACACCGUACUCUUAUUUUUAUUAUUUGUUUUUCUUUUUGUACCAGGCGACUGAUGCUUUAUUGUAUUUUUGGAAUGUUGUCUUUUGGGGGAGGGGGUUAAUGGGGAAAGGAGGUAAAUUUAUGA